AUGUCCUAUAGCAACAAAGAAAUUUCUUCAUUGAUCGUUGAUUUCCUAAACAACGCAAUUUCUCAAAAGGUUAUCUCUGAUGACAAUGCUGACUCCUUGAACGUCGCUAUCGACUGUAUCACCGAAGCAUUUGAAGUCGAUAGAGAUGAUGCUAAAUCUAUUAUCGACACAAAAUUUAACGGUAAAUCUUUAUCUGAUAUUCUAGCUUCUGGUGUUAACUUAACUGGUUCUGGUAACGCCCAAAAUGUUAAGGUGAACAUUCCAGCUGAAGAUGCAGAGAUCAAGGCAAAGGCUGAAUCUAUGAAAUUAGAAGGUAACAAAGCUAUGGCUGGUAGAGAUUUCUCUUUGGCCAUUCAAAAGUAUAGUGAAGCUAUCCAAACAUUACCAACCAAUGCUAUCUACUAUGCUAACAGAGCUGCUGCUCAUUCUUCUCUAAAACAAUAUGAUGAAGCUAUCCAAGAUUCUGAAGAAGCCAUUAAGAUCGAUCCUGCUUAUUCUAAGGGUUACUCCAGACUUGGUUUUGCUAAGUAUGCUCAAGGGAAACCAGAGGAAGCGCUAGAGGCUUACAAACAAGUAUUGGAUAUCGAAGGUGACAAAGCUAGUGACGUUAUGAAGAGGGACUACGAAACUGCCAAGAAGAAGGUUGAACAAUCUUUGAACCUAGAAAAGGCCACCCAAGUUGAGACAUCUGAAAAUAGAGAUGCCAAGGAAACUGCCUCUGAUAAUUCAGAAGGUGCUGCUAACCCAUUCGCUGGUGGUAUGCCAGAUAUGGCUUCUAUGCUAGGUGGUGGCCUAGGUGGUGGCCUAGGUGGUUUAUUAAACAACCCACAAUUAAUGCAAGCAGCCCAACAAAUGAUGAGUGACCCAAAUGCUAUGCAAAAGGUUCAAUCUAUGAUGCAAAAUCCUGCUGUUAGACAAAUGGCCGAGAAUUUUACCGGUGGUAAUGGUGGUAUGCCAAACAUGGACGAUCUAAUGAAUAAUCCAGCGAUUAGAGAUAUGGCUGGUAGUCUGUUUGGUGGUGCCAACACAGGUAACCAGAGUCCUCCUAAAGAAGACGAGGAUAAAUAA